ACCAUGCAGAUCUUUGUGAAAACCCUAACUGGGAAGACCAUCACAUUGGAGGUGGAGCCAAGUGACACCAUUGAGAACGUGAAGGCUAAAAUCCAAGACAAAGAAGGCAUCCCACCCGAUCAGCAGAGAUUGAUCUUUGCUGGCAAGCAGUUGGAAGAUGGCCGCACGCUCUCUGAUUAUAAUAUCCAGAAAGAAUCCACCCUGCACUUGGUUCUCCGUCUGAGAGGUGGUAUGCAGAUCUUUGUGAAAACCCUAACUGGGAAGACCAUCACACUGGAGGUUGAACCCAGUGACACCAUUGAGAACGUGAAGGCUAAAAUCCAAGACAAAGAAGGCAUCCCACCCGAUCAGCAGAGAUUGAUCUUUGCUGGCAAGCAGUUGGAAGAUGGCCGCACGCUGUCUGAUUAUAAUAUCCAGAAAGAAUCCACCCUGCACUUGGUUCUCCGUCUGAGAGGUGGUAUGCAGAUCUUUGUGAAAACCCUAACUGGGAAGACCAUCACUUUGGAGGUUGAACCCAGUGACACCAUUGAGAACGUGAAGGCUAAAAUCCAAGACAAAGAAGGCAUCCCACCCGAUCAGCAGAGAUUGAUCUUUGCUGGCAAGCAGUUGGAAGAUGGCCGCACGCUGUCUGAUUAUAAUAUCCAGAAAGAAUCCACCCUGCACUUGGUUCUCCGUCUGAGAGGUGGUAUGCAGAUCUUUGUGAAAACCCUAACUGGGAAGACCAUCACACUGGAGGUUGAACCCAGUGACACCAUUGAGAACGUGAAGGCUAAAAUCCAAGACAAAGAAGGCAUCCCACCUGAUCAGCAGAGAUUGAUCUUUGCUGGCAAGCAGUUGGAAGAUGGCCGCACGCUCUCUGAUUAUAAUAUCCAGAAAGAAUCCACCCUGCACUUGGUUCUCCGUCUGAGAGGUGGUAUGCAGAUCUUUGUGAAAACCCUAACUGGGAAGACCAUCACUUUGGAGGUUGAACCCAGUGACACCAUUGAGAACGUGAAGGCUAAAAUCCAAGACAAAGAAGGCAUCCCACCCGAUCAGCAGAGAUUGAUCUUUGCUGGCAAGCAGUUGGAAGAUGGCCGCACGCUCUCUGAUUAUAAUAUCCAGAAAGAAUCCACCCUGCACUUGGUUCUCCGUCUGAGAGGUGGUAUGCAGAUCUUUGUGAAAACCCUAACUGGGAAGACCAUCACUUUGGAGGUUGAACCCAGUGACACCAUUGAGAACGUGAAGGCUAAAAUCCAAGACAAAGAAGGCAUCCCACCUGAUCAGCAGAGAUUGAUCUUCGCUGGCAAGCAGUUGGAAGAUGGCCGCACACUCUCUGAUUAUAAUAUCCAGAAAGAAUCCACCCUGCACUUGGUUCUCCGUCUGAGAGGUGGUAUGCAGAUCUUUGUGAAAACCCUAACUGGGAAGACCAUCACACUGGAGGUUGAACCCAGUGACACCAUUGAGAACGUGAAGGCUAAAAUCCAAGACAAAGAAGGCAUCCCACCUGAUCAGCAGAGAUUGAUUUUUGCUGGAAAACAACUUGAAGAUGGCCGCACACUCUCUGAUUACAACAUUCAGAAAGAAUCUACACUGCAUCUUGUAUUGCGUUUGAGGGGUGGCAUAUAAGGCAGUCAUUCAUGCAAACGUUCUGCAAGCAUUUGAGUUAAUGCUUUUUGUUGCACUUUGUUUCAAUAAAGCUAUUGCAUUCCAAAA